AUGUCGAGCAGACAGCUACGCAGGCUCCAGCAACAAAAGCAGCUCGAGAGAGCUCAGCAAAGUUCCGAAGGGAACUGUGAGGCGGGCGAAGAUGUCGAUGAGCCUGCCGAAGCAGCGCCCAAGCCGCGCCCAAACUUGUUCGCGGCUCUGGGGAGCGAGCAGACCGAGCACGACGAUGACGGUGACGAUGACGACGACGAUGAAGACAACGGCGUGCCCUUGACGGAGCCGUUGCCCACGGCCGAACCAGCGCCCAGCGCCGCGAAAAGGAGCAAGAAGAAGAAGAAGAAGAAGAAGAAGACCGGGAAGACCAAGCCUGCCGGCACGAACCAGGAAGCUAAUAAAAACGCCAAAGAGGACGAGCACGAAGACGAAGACGAGAUUGACAAGGCCAUCAAGCAGCUCAAGCUUGGCGCUGCGAAUACCAAUCCUGGCUCUGGGAAAGACGAGCCGGCCAGCGCAAGCAUGGAGCCGCGGAAACGAAUGAACGGGCUGUUGUCCGUCAAUCCGCACCGUCUGAGAGCCGUCAACGAAAUGCGCAACCUGUUCGGCCGCGACGUUAUAGAGUCCGCCAUCGCGGAGGAGCAGCAGGAGCAGCAGAGGAGCAGAAGGCGGCAGCAAACGCCUCGUGAAGUUGAUUUGGAGACGUAUCUGCGAGAGCCCCCUGGAGCCAAGAAGUUGCCGGAAAUAUCGCUACGACGGAAUGUAUUUGUGCAGGGCAAAGAUCACUGGCCGCGACAGUCUGCAGGCGGAUUGAACAUGAAGGCGAUUGGCAAGUCGGACGAUGGAUUGUCGACUGAAUAUGCCUAUUUUUACGAUGAGAAUUACGAUUCUUUGCAGCAUGUUUUCUGGGCAAUUGUGCAAAUGGGAGAUCCAAUGCGCAUGGUGCAUUUUCUCAAGGAAGCUCCGUAUCACGUUUCGACAUUACUGCAAGUCAGCAACGUGGCAAAGCAGGAUCAAAACAUGGCGUUGGCGGCGGAGCUGUGCGAACGAGCGCUCUUCACCUUUGGAAGAGUGACCACGUCUGCGUUUCGCCAAGACAUGGAGCACGGCCGUGCUCGUUUCGACUUUGGACGGCCAGAGAAUCGUCAGUUUUGGCUUGCUGGGUUUCAGUACGUGCGGAGCUUGAUACGAAAAGGGACGUUUCGAACAGCUCUAGAAUGGGCCAAGCUGCUGUAUUCUUUGGAUCCACAGGAUCCAUACGCAAUGAGACACUAUAUUCACUUGCUGGCUCUGCGCGCCUACGACCCGGAGUGGCUGAUUGAGUUCACGGAGCAGAUGGCCCUCGCUGCAAACCACGCCGACAUUGUCUAUCUGCGACAAAGUCUCGUGCUUGCCAAGCUCCAGAUGGACGACGAACCGGGGGCGCGGGAAAUCCUCCAACACGGGAUCAAGACGGUACCCUGGCUGUAUUGCGCCCUGUUCCAGGAGCUGAAUCUCGACGCGCCGCCCUCCAUAUGGGGCAUCAAGGCACAAUCGCAUUCUCAAAAGUUCUGGGUGACACUGUACAUUCACCAGACCAAGGAUCUGUGGAACAAUGCCCAGGCUACGGCGUUGUUGCGACAAGUAGCCAAGGACUUGGGCAGAGUGGACGUGGCGUCGCUUCCUUUGCAAGAUGCCGUUGUCGAUCGUGGCGUGACGAGAUUAGCGUACCUCGAGGGCCACACGGCAUUGCUUGCCGUGGCGCCGAGGCGUUUUUUGGAUGCGCAACCUAAUUACGAAUUCGAUCCGUUGCCGCCACCGUGGGAGCAGAAUAUUUUCACGGCGCAAAGCACACGACUACCUUGGGGACGGGAAAGGGGCCGUCAUCAAGGGGAGGAGGCGGAGGAAGAGGGCCAAGGCCAUCUUGCGGAUCUGGUGGCUCGGAUGCACAAUCUCGUUGCGCGGCAGGGCGUGGCGCCGGGCGUUGAAGAGGCAGUCGCACGACGAGUAGGAAUGAUGGGCGUUCUGAACAAUGCCGCGGAUGGCGACGACGACGACGACGACGACGAUGAAGUCAGAGCACUCAGGGCGGCAGACGACGAGGAGUUGCAGAGGGAUAUCGAGGCGCACAUGAAUUGGGGCAACGGACAGGGUGUUUUGGGCACGUUGAUGCAGAUGCUGGGCGUAGGUCGGCGGGCUCAUGACGAGGGAGGCGACGAGGAGGACGAGGGUCAUGAGGAAGCACCUCUCGGCCAGGAGUGGGAGGAGGGUGGUCGGUAG